CCGGAAGUAGCGCGGAACUCGUUCGAAGAUGGCGAAUCGUACGGUGAAGGAUGCGCACAGCAUCCACGGCACCAACCCUCAGUAUCUGGUGGAGAAGAUCAUCCGCACGCGGAUCUACGAGUCCAAGUACUGGAAGGAAGAGUGUUUUGGCCUCACGGCUGAGCUUGUAGUUGAUAAAGCCAUGGAGUUAAGGUUUGUGGGUGGCGUCUACGGAGGAAACAUAAAACCAACUCCCUUUCUGUGCUUAACCUUGAAGAUGCUUCAGAUCCAACCUGAAAAGGAUAUCAUUGUUGAAUUCAUCAAAAAUGAAGAUUUCAAGUAUGUCCGCAUGUUGGGAGCACUUUAUAUGAGGCUGACAGGCACUGCCAUUGAUUGCUACAAGUACUUGGAACCUCUGUACAAUGACUACCGGAAAAUCAAGAGCCAGAACCGAAAUGGAGAGUUUGAACUGACACACGUGGACGAGUUCAUUGAUGACCUCCUGCACAGCGAGAGAGUCUGCGACAUCAUUCUGCCCCGGCUACAGAAACGCUACGUGCUGGAGGAGGCUGAGCAGCUGGAGCCUCGAGUGAGCGCUCUGGAAGAGGACAUGGACGACGUGGAGUCCAGUGAGGAGGAGGAGGAGGAAGAUGAGAAGCUGGAAAGAGUGCCGUCCCCUGACCACCGCCGCAGAAGCUACCGAGACCUGGACAAGCCCCGGCGCUCUCCCGCGCUGCGCUACCGCCGCAGCCGCAGCCGCUCUCCCCGGAGGCGGAGUCGAUCCCCCAAAAGACGAAGCCCUUCCCCCCGCCGAGAACGACAUAGGAGCAAGAGUCCCCGGCGCCACCGGAGCAGGUCCCGCGAGCGCAGACACAGAUCCCGCUCCAAGUCCCCAGGUCACCACCGCAGCCACAGACAUCGGAGCCACUCAAAGUCUCCUGAAAGGUCUAAGAAGAGCCACAAGAAGAGCCGGAGGGGGAACGAGUAGAGGGGCCCCGUGUGCCCCUGUGGACGUGAGGCGACCUGCGUGGGCGGGCGGGCCGAGGCCUGCCCUCCAUGCAGCUAUCAGGACAUCCUAAUGUUUGUUUCUAAAUAAAUUUUCCACCUUUUUUUAAAUGCAA